AUGGGCCCGCCGCCCGCGCUGCUCCUGCCGCUCCUCGCCGCGCUGCUCCGCGCCCCGGCACACGGUAAGCGCCGGCCGACACCCCGGCUCACCCCCGCCGCGCACACCGACCACCCCUCGGUACCGGGUGGCCUCAACCCGCCUCCGCCGCCRCCAAACUUUGCCAACUCGCGCUCGCCCCCCGGUUUCAACGGGCUGGCGAGGAAGACCGGGGAGAGCGCUGAGGUGGAGCCGACGGCGCUGCCCACGCCGGCGGAGCGGGAGGCAGAGGCUCGCUUUGUGAGCACGGCGCCCACGCUCAAGAUCCUCAACCACCACCCGCUGCUGGAGGACCUKCUGCACGAAGCCUUCCUGAAGAAGGAUUACCUGGCCCAGGCGCCGUUCCUGCCCGCUGGCGCCGGCCCCCUCCUCCCCGCCGGUGCCCUCCAGCCRGCCCCUGGACCCCCAGAACCCGAGCCUACACCCCGCACACCUGCCCUGCCCCGGCCCGCCUUCCCCACUGACCCGCUAACCACGCCAGCCGGGCGUGCCGGGCCAUGGGGGGAGGCGUGGGGGGCUGUGCCGGGGGCAGACCCCUCGUGGUCCCCCCCYGGGGUGCCAGAGUCGAGCACUGCAUCCCCCAGCCAGGCACCCACCACGGCCGGCACAUCCCUGGCACCCCGCACCGGGGCUGCUGCCGUGCCCGGGGAUGAGGAGGGGACCACCACCACCUCCACCAUYACCACCACCACUGUCACCACRCUGCAGGGGCCAGCUCCCUGCAACCGGACGCUGGCGGGUCCCGAGGGCUGGCUGGUGUCCCCAGAGCCAACCGGUGUCGCCUAUGAUGGCAGCCUGGACUGCACCUACACCAUCUCUGUCUACCCUGGCUAUGGCGUGGAGCUCAAGGUAGAGAAYAUCAGCCUGGCAGAAGGGGAGACGCUGACGGUGGAGAGCGCGGCGGGCCUGGAGCCCAACCUCCUGGCCAAUGAAUCCUUCCUGCUGCGGGGCCAGGUCAUCCGCAGCCCAGCCAACCUCCUCACCCUCCGCUUCCAGAGCCCCCGGCCCCCCAGCCCUGGAUCCUACCACUUUCACUACCAAGCCUACCUGCUGAGCUGCCCCUUCCCGGCACGGCCGGCUUUCGGGGAGGUGUCGGUCAGCAGCCUGCACCCUGGUGGGGAUGCCCGGUUCCGCUGCUCCACGGGAUACCAACUGCAGGGCGCCCGCCGGCUCCUCUGCCGCAACGCCACCCGUCCCUUCUGGAGCGCCCGCGAGCCCCUCUGUCUCGCGGCGUGUGGUGGGGUGAUCCGGAACGCCACGGUGGGACGCAUCGUCUCGCCCGGCUUUCCUGGGAACUACAGCAACAACCUGACGUGCCACUGGCUACUGGAGGCGCCAGAUGCCCACCGCCUGCACCUGCACUUCGAGAAGGUGUCACUGGCGGAGGAUGAUGACAGGCUCAUCAUCCGCAACGGCAACAAUGUGGAGGCACCGCCGGUGUACGACUCCUACGAGGUGGAGUACCUGCCCAUCGAGGGGCUGCUCAGCACCGGGCGCCACUUCUUCGUGGAGCUCACCACCGACAGCAGYGGGGCCGCCGCGGGCAUGGCGCUGCGCUACGAGGCCUUUGAGCAGGGACACUGCUACGAGCCCUUCGUCAAGUAUGGGAACUUCACGACCAGUGAUCCCCGGUAUCCUGUGGGCACCACGGUGGAGUUCAGCUGUGACCCYGGCUACACCCUGGARCAGGGCUCCACCAUCAUCGAGUGCGUUGACCCCAAUGACCCGCAGUGGAAUGAGACAGAACCAGCGUGCCGCGCGGUGUGCAGCGGGGAGCUGACAGACACGGCCGGAGUGGUGCUGUCGCCCAACUGGCCAGAGGCGUACGGCAAGGGCCAGGACUGCAUCUGGGGGCUGCACGUGGAGGAGGACAAGCGCAUCAUGCUGGAYGUCCGCGUGCUGCGGCUGGGCUCGGGGGACAUGCUGACCUUCUAUGAUGGGGACGACCUGACGGCGCGGAUCCUGGGCCAGUACACGGGCGCCCGUGGCCGCUUCAAGCUCUACGCGUCCACUGCCGAUGUCACCGUCCAGUUCCAGUCUGACCCCGGGGCUGGUGCCUUUGCCUAUCGGCAGGGCUUUGUCAUCCACUUCUCCGAGGUUCCCCGUAACGACACCUGCCCCGAGCUGCCGGAAAUCGCCAAUGGCUGGAAGACAUCCUCACAGCCAGAGCUUCUCCACGGCACAGUGGUCACCUUCCACUGCUACCCYGGCUUCCAGCUGAUCGGCACUGACCUCCUGAUGUGUCACUGGGACCUGACGUGGAGCGGUGACCUGCCCUCCUGCGAGCGGGUGACAACCUGCCGGGACCCCGGGGAUGCUGAGCACAGCCGCAGGGUGGUCUCCAACCCUAAAUUCCCGGUGGGAGCCACCGUGCAGUACGUCUGCGACAAGGGGUAUGUCCUGGCCGGCGCCGGGACCCUCACCUGCCACGACCGCGCUGCGGGGGGACCCAAGUGGAGCGACCGCCUCCCUAAAUGCAUCCCGGAGACGUACGAGCCCUGCCACAACCCCGGCGUGCCGGCGGGCGGGCGGCAGAACCCGGAGCGGCGGCUGUACCCGGCGGGAGCCACCCUACACUUCUCCUGCACGGCCGGCCGGGCGCUGCUGGGCGAGGGCAGCCUGCGCUGCCUGCCCGGGCACCCUUCGCGCUGGAGCGGCUCCCCUCCCAUCUGCAAGGCGGCCUCCUACGAUGAGUUUUACAGCAACCGCAACCUGGACGCUGUGGCCAAGGCCGUGCCCUCGGGGACAACGCUGGAGGGCACCAACGUUGCCAUCGCUGUCUUCCUGCCCGUGCUCGUGGUGGCCCUGCUCAUCGGGGGCAUUUAUCUCUACUUCUCCAAGUUCCAGGGGAAGCCGGCSCUGCAGCUGCCCCUCGCCGGCUCUCACCCCUAUGACCACAUCACCGUGGAGUCGGCUUUUGACAAUCCCACCUACGAGACAGGAGACACGAGGGAAUAUGAGGUGUCCAUCUAGGUGUGGGCAGCGUGGAGCUGGGCGCUGCAGCCACCCCUCCCGGGCCCCCCCGUGCCCACCGGCCCCCGGCACGGGCUGGGAACACCUCUCCCAAGGAGAUUCAAGCCGAGCGCUUGGCAGGACCCACCUGGGCACCGGCCACCCCUCURCCACCCCCCCAAUCCACCCGGACCCCCGUGGGCUCUGCCCGAGCCCCACUGUCACCCAGCCCCCCGCACUGGGCUCAUGACAGGCUGAGCCAGUGGGGGUCCCUGGACCCCAUCCUGCCCCCCCGGCCCCCGAGCCAGCGAGGGUCGCUGGACCCUAUCCUGCCCUUCGGGCUCCAUCCUUGCCCCCAGCCCCCCGCAGGGGGAAAAUAGCAGUCCCCACAGUCCCCGCGAUGGAGAAGUGACACAGGCAGGGGGAGCAGCACUGUGGGGACCCCCAGGURAGGACAGGACUCCCCGGGGAGGGGACAAAGCCCCGGGGGGUGGGCGAGGGGCUUGGGUAACCCUCCCGCCCUCGCCCCCCACCCAGCACAGGGCUGGUCCCCCCGCACCCCCGUGUCUCCCACCACGCAGGGACGUGUCCCCCCCGUGCCCCCAGCAUGCUGCGUGUCCCCCCGGCCCCCGCUUGCUUCGCCCUCCCCGGGGGGAUCCCUUCCGCCACCAGCGCGUCCCCCCUGCGCGUCCCGGCACCCCAGCGCGGCCAGACCCGGAGUGACGGGGUGGGCAGGGGCACCGGACAUGGCUGUGCCCCCCCCUCAACGCGGCGUCCCGCCCGGGCUGGUGACCCCGACCCCCGCCGCCCCCUCGGUCUGGAGGGGACACCGCCCCCCUCCCCAUCUUUUGGUUGUUUCAUUAAUAAAAACUGGUG